GAGUUCUGGAGGAAUGUUUACCAGACACAGACGGCCCGGAGGGACAGCGCCCAGAGUCCGGAUAGAGAGACGCACAGCCUCCCGCCUCACUGGGCCAGGAUUAGGGGCGCAGCCUACGGGGUCCCCUUUCCCGGCGUCCUCGGCCUCCCUCCUGGGCCCCUUUAAGACAGGGCCGGUCCUCUCCUCUCAGAGUUAACCCCUCACGGUCCAGGUGGCCCCCGGGUUUCAGCCUGGUGGGCGGAGGCAGGGGGGGAGCCAGGGGCGGGGAAAGGGUUGCCCAAAGUCUGGGAGGGACAGGACGAGGCAGGGGAGCUUGGGGAAGGCGGCUGCCGUGGAGCAGAGCCGGCCCAGGGGCCCCCGCUGUGCCAGGCAGGCAGUGCCAAAUCCGGGGAGCCCGGAGCUGGGGGGAGGGCCGGGGACAGCCCGGCCCUGCCCCCUCCCCUGCGGGGUGCCCAGCAACUUCUGAGCAAAGUUUGGCAUCGAUGGCGUGGUGGCGCCCCAGGAUGGGCAGGACCUCGCUGGCCUGGUGCUGGGCGCUGUGCUGCUGGGGCUGCCUGGCCCCCAAGGGUGCACGGGCUGAAGCAGACCCCUUUGCGGGGAGCCCAGGGAACAUUACAGGUGCCCGAGGACUCAUGGGCACCCUUCGGUGUGAGCUCCAGGUUCAGGGGGAGCCCCCUGAGGUGACCUGGCUUCGGGAUGGACAGGUCUUAGAGCUGGCGGACAGCACCCAGACGCAGGUGCCCCUGGGCGAAGACGGGCAGGAUGACUGGAAAGUGGUCAGCCAGCUCAGAAUCUCGUCCCUGCAGCUUUCGGACGCAGGACGGUACCAGUGUCUGGUGGUCCUGGGAGGACAGACCUUCGUGUCCCAGCCUGGCUAUGUAGGGCUGGAGGGCCUGCCUUACUUCCUGGAGGAGCCUGAGGACAGGACUGUGGCCGCCAACACCCCCUUCAACCUGAGCUGCCGAGCCCAGGGCCCCCCAGAACCCGUGGACCUACUGUGGCUGCAGGACGAUGUCCCCCUGGCCCCAGCCCCGGGCCACGGCCCCCAGCGCAGCCUGCGUGUUCCAGGCCUGAAUCAGACGUCUUCUUUCUCCUGUGAAGCGCAUAACGCCAAAGGGGUCACCACAUCCCGCACAGCCACCAUCAAAGUGCUCCCCCAGCGACCCCGUGACCUCCGCCUGGUUUCCCGCCAGCCCACGGAGCUGGAGGUGGCUUGGACCCCAGGCCUGAGCGGCAUCUAUCCCCUCACCCACUGCACCCUGCAGGCUGUGCUGUCAGACGAUGGGGUGGGCAGCUGGCCGGGAGAGCCAGAGCCCCCAGAAGAGCCCCUCACCUUGCAAGCAUCCGUGCCCCCCCACCAACUCCGGCUGGGCAGCCUCCACCCUCACACCCCUUAUCACCUCCGCGUGGCGUGUGCCAGCAGCCAGGGCCCCUCAGCCUGGACCCACUGGCUUCCUGUGGAGACGCCGGAGGGAGUGCCCCUGGGCCCCCCUGAGAACGUUAGUGCCAUGCGGAAUGGGAGCCAGGCCUUCGUGCGUUGGCAGGAGCCAAGGGCGCCCCUGCAGGGCACCCUGUUAGGGUACCGGCUGGCGUAUCGAGGCCAGGACACCCCCGAGGUGCUACUGGACAUAGGGCUAAAGCGAGAGGUGACCCUGGAGCUGCGGGGGGAUGGGCCUGUCCCCAACCUGACGGUGUGCGUGGCAGCCUACACUGCUGCCGGGGAUGGGCCCUGGAGCCUCCCUGUGCCCCUGGAGCCCUGGCGCCCAGGGCAAGGACAGCCAAUCCACCAGCUGGUGAGUGAGCCCCCAGCUCCUGCCUUCUCGUGGCCCUGGUGGUAUGUAUUGCUGGGAGCAGUUGUGGCCGCUGCCUGCAUCCUCAUCUUGGCCCUGUUCCUUGUCUACCGGCGGAAGAAGGAGACCCGCUAUGGAGAAGUGUUUGAGCCAACAGUGGAAAGAGGUGAACUAGUGGUCAGGUACCGCGUCCGCAAGUCCUACAGUCGCCGGACCACUGAAGCCACCUUGAACAGCCUGGGCAUCAGUGAGGAGCUGAAGGAGAAGCUACGGGAUGUCAUGGUGGACCGGCACAAGGUGGCCCUGGGGAAGACCCUGGGAGAAGGAGAGUUCGGUGCCGUGAUGGAGGGCCAGCUCAACCAGGACGACUCCGUCCUCAAAGUGGCUGUGAAGACGAUGAAGAUUGCCAUCUGCACGAGGUCGGAGCUGGAGGAUUUCCUGAGUGAAGCCGUCUGCAUGAAGGAAUUUGACCACCCCAACGUCAUGAGGCUCAUCGGUGUCUGUUUCCAGGGUUCUGAACGAGAGGGCUUCCCGGCACCUGUGGUCAUCUUACCCUUCAUGAAACAUGGAGACCUACACAGUUUCCUCCUCUAUUCCCGGCUCGGAGACCAGCCAGUGUUCCUGCCCACUCAGAUGCUGGUGAAGUUCAUGGCGGACAUCGCCAGUGGCAUGGAGUAUCUGAGCACCAAGAGAUUCAUACACCGGGACCUGGCUGCCAGGAACUGCAUGCUGAAUGAGAACAUGUCCGUGUGUGUGGCAGACUUUGGGCUCUCCAAGAAAAUCUACAAUGGGGACUACUACCGCCAGGGACGCAUCGCCAAGAUGCCAGUCAAGUGGAUUGCCAUUGAGAGCCUCGCGGACCGUGUCUACACCAGCAAGAGCGAUGUGUGGUCCUUUGGGGUAACAAUGUGGGAGAUUGCCACACGGGGCCAAACCCCAUACCCAGGAGUGGAGAACAGCGAGAUUUACGACUACCUGCGCCAGGGAAAUCGCCUGAAGCAGCCUGUGGACUGUCUGGAUGGACUGUAUGCCCUGAUGUCCCGGUGCUGGGAGCUAAACCCCCGGGAUCGGCCAAGUUUUGCAGAGCUGCGGGAAGACCUGGAGAACACGCUGAAAGCCCUGCCCCCUGCCCAGGAGCCUGACGAAAUCCUCUAUGUCAACAUGGAUGAGGGUGGAGGCCAUCCAGAACCCCCUGGAGCUGCUGGAGGAGCUGACCCCCCAACCCAGCCUGACCCUAAGGAUUCCUGUAGCUGUCUCACUGCAGCGGAGGUCCAUCCUGCCGGACGUUAUGUCCUCUGCCCUUCCACAGCCCCUGGUCCCCCUCUGCCUGCUGACAGGGGCUCCCCAGCACCCCCAGGGCAGGAGGAUGGCGCCUGAGACAACCCUCCACCUGGGACUCCCUCUCAGGACCCAAGCUAGGCACUGCCACUGGGGGAAGCCCCACCCCCUUUUCCCAUCCCAGGCCUCAUCCCCAACUGCAGCCCUAUCUUCCUCCCCAUACCACCUCCAUCCCAGACAGAUCCUCCCCCUUCUUUGUCCCACAGGGUCACCACCUGUAAAAGAAAGGGGUUGGACUACAAUCUCUAAGGGUCCUCCCAGGAUUAACAUUCCAAGAUUCUAGAUUCUAAGGUUUAAAGAGUCUAGAUUCAAAGGUUCUAUGUUUCAAAGAUGCCAUGAGUCUUUGGUUCUAAGGACCUGAAAUUCCGAAGUCUCUAAUUCUAAAUCGCUAAGGUUCUAAGACACGGAAAUUCUAAGGCUCUGAGAUUCUGUGGCUCUAGAUUUUCUGGUUCUAAGAUUCUUGAUAAGACCCUAAGAUGUAUGUUCUAAAGCUCUAAGAUCCUAGCUCUAGGAUCUAAGGCUCUAUAAUUCUAGAUUUUAUUUUUUUAGGGUUCUGAGUCCUUACAGUGUAAGAGUCUAUAAUUCUAAAGAUUCUAUAAUUCUAGACGUGGAAGUUCUAAGGUGUACUUUUCUAAAAUUUGAUGUUCUAAGGCUCUUAGAGUCUAGAUCCUCUGGCUAUAAUAAGACCCUAGAUCACAAGGCUUCAAAAUUUUAUCUUCUUAAGUUCUAAGAUUCUAAUGAUUGUGAAUUAUAGUUUCUGAGGCUUUAAAAUCAUAUCUUCUCUUGAAUGAGAUCCUGGAUCCCAAGGGUCUAAGAUUCUAAAAUCUGAAAGUUCCAAGAGUCUAAAGAUGGAGAUUCUAAGGUCUGAUGUUCCAAGAUGUGAUAUUCUAAGACUUAGUCUAAGAACCUAGAUUCUGUCUCAGAUUCUAGAUCAGAUGCUCCAAGAUUCUAAAUUAUUAAACUCUAAGAUUCUAAUGUUGGUCUGUUCUAUGUUUCAAGGCACUGUAGAUUGUAUUGGUCCAAGAUUCUGGAUCCCAAGCAUUUAAGUUAUGAUUCUCACACUCAGUUGUGACUAACUAGGCACCAAAGUUCUAAUCAUUUCUAUUGUGGGACACCUUUAGGUUUUAUGCUGCAUUCUGCCUUUCUAGGCUUAUAGUUAAGGGUCCAAGAAUCCACAUUUCUAAAAUCUUAAAGUUCUAGGGACUGUAGUUCUAAGACUCAAAUGUUCUAAGAUUCUAAGGGUCCACAGGUGUAGAACAUUUGGUACGAUUCCAAGGUUUACACUGUAGUUAUUCUUUUGUGUGCCCCUCUCCUUCUUAGCCACCUUUGCUUCCUCCUCUCCUCAUCUGGGGGUGUGGCCCCCUCAAGCCUGUGCAAUGCAAUUAGGGAUGCCUCCUUUCCCCCAGGGGAUGGACGAUCUCCCUCCUUUUGGGCCAUGCUGCCCCCCUGAGCCAGUCCUUCACCCCCCGAGUACUGAGUGUGGACUCUGGUGCCUCUGGAGGGGCUCAGGUCACAUAAAACUUUGUAAUCACAA